AUGCCCCGCAUUCCCACCGCCAAGCUGGCCAAGAAGGCCGGCGCGCAGCGCCACAACCCACUUCCACAGCAGCUGCAGCAGGACCAGCUCACAAGCAAGUUCGGUCUCGUCUCGGCACCUGGUCGUCGCACCAAGAAAUCUAAGCCUCAGUCCGCUUCAGACGACGAAGAGGACCAGGCGCAGUAUGCCGCGCCCCAGGGUAUGGUCACUGGCGGCAAGGCAGGCGGCAGCCAGCCCGACAAAAAGUACAUCGACCCCAAGCUCUCCAGAAACAUCCUCCGUCUCGCGCGGCAGCAGCAAGAAGAGAUCGAACGCGAGGAGCUGGAGCUUCAGAACCCUUCGGCUACCGCGGCAUCCUCGUCCUCUGCUUCAAAUACCCCCGCUGCCCGUGACGCCCCCCGUGCGUCGGCAUCCGCAGCCAUGCCCGACGACUCGGACGACGACGAGGCCGACCUCAGCGACCUCGGCGAGCUGAGCGACGACGAGGCAGAGAUGGGCGCCAACGGCUGGGCCUCGUACGAUGCCAACCUCGAGAUCGACCCGUCCGACCGCGCGCUUCUCGACAAGUUUGAGGCCGAGCACCGUCUCGAUGACGAGGCCGACGACGACGAUGCACCCGCACCGGGCGCAUUCGGCGGUCGCGGCAACAAGACGCUCGCCGAUCUCAUCAUGGAAAAGAUCGAAGCCGCCGAGGCAGCAGGUGACGGACCGAGCCAGCAGGAGCUCGAGGAGCGACGCAUGCCGCCGGGCAUCAACCCCAAGGUCAUCGAGGUCUACCGCAAGGUCGGCGAGCUCCUCUCAAGGUACAAGUCCGGUCCGCUGCCCAAGGCGUUCAAGAUCGUGCCGUCGCUGCCGGCGUGGGAGUCGAUUCUCUACAUCACCGACCCGGCAUCGUGGACACCGCAUGCGACGCUCGCUGCCGUGCGCAUCUUUGUCUCCACCAUGAAGGCCGACCAGAUGCAGCGCUUCUACGAGCUCGUGCUGCUCGACAAGGUGCGCGACGAGAUUCAGGACGAAGGCAAGGUGUCGUACCAGACCUACGAAGCCAUGAAGAAGGCGAUCUACAAGCCAGCUGCCUUCUUCAAGGGCUUCCUCUUCCCCAUGUGCGAGUCUGGAACGCUUACACUCAAGGAGGCGGCGAUUGUUUCGUCGGUGCUUGCCAAGGUUUCGAUUCCCGUGCUGCACUCGGCUGCUGCGCUGCUGCGACUGGCAGAGAUGGAGUACUCGGGUCCUACGUCGCUCUUCAUCCGUGUAUUGCUCGACAAGAAGUAUGCGUUGCCGUACAAGGUGGUCGACUCGUUGGUCUUCCACUACCUCCGAUUUGCAGAGCCCAACUCGGGUGUGGAGCUCGACAAGAUCACGCGCGAGAGGAGGAUGCCCGUGCUGUGGCACCAGAGCAUGCUCGUGUUUGCUCAGAGGUACAAGCAGGACCUUACGCCCGAUCAGAAGUCGGCGCUGCUCGAUUUGCUGCGCGUCCAGAAACACGAAGGCAUCUCGCCCGAAGUCAGGAGAGAAUUGCUCACCGCCACUGCACGAGGAGAGAUGAUGGAGGAACCCGUCGAUGAAGACGACGACAUGAUGUCGAUCUAA